AUGUCUGCAAAAGCUGUUCGUGAGGCGACUGGGAAAUUUCUAGUGCACAAACAUCUGAGUGCUGCAGUGUCCGUUCAAAACAAAUCGCGUCAUGCCACCCUCACCUCCGAAACCGACUGGGAUCGGCUUGUCCAGGAACAUCCCUGGCUACUUGAUCAUAGGCUGGUGGUGAAGCCUGACCAGCUAAUUAAGCGCCGUGGAAAGCUUGGACUGAUUGGCGUCAACUUAGAUUUCCAAGGUGUACAGGAGUGGAUUAGAACGCGAAUAGGUCAGGAGAUCCAGGUUGAAGCAGCUUCAGGCAUAUUGAAGAACUUUAUAAUUGAACCUUUUGUACCCCACCAACAGGAGGAGGAGUUUUAUGUGUGCAUUUACGCAACCCGCGAGGGUGAUGUGGUGCUCUUCCACCACGAGGGAGUCGACGUGGGGGAUGUGGACUCCAAGGCUCUGCGCUUCCUAGUGGGUAUUGACAAGGGCCUGACGCAAGAACAGGUGAAGACGCAGCUUCUGGUGAACGUGCCUGGUCCCCGCCAAGAGGUUCUAGCAAGUUUUGUCACUGAGCUCUUCAAGUUGUUUGAAGACCUAUACUUCACUUACCUGGAGAUAAAUCCACUUGUUGUAACAGAUGAUGGGGUGUAUGUGCUGGAUAUGGCUGCCAAGUUGGAUGCCACAGCAGACUAUCUCUGCAAGGCCAAAUGGGGCGAUAUUGAAUUUCCACCCCCAUUCGGCCGUGAAGCCUACCCAGAGGAAGCGUACAUCGCUGAUCUCGAUGCGAAGAGUGGUGCCAGCCUGAAGUUGACCAUCCUAAAUCCCAGGGGUCGGAUCUGGACCAUGGUAGCUGGUGGAGGGGCAUCUGUCGUCUACAGUGACACCAUCUGUGAUCUGGGUGCAAUGGAGGAGCUUGCUAAUUAUGGAGAGUACUCUGGUGCACCCAGUGAGCAGCAGACAUAUGACUAUGCCAAAACCAUCCUGUCACUCAUGACUCGUGAAAAGCACGCUGAUGGGAAAGUGCUCAUCAUUGGAGGAGGCAUUGCUAACUUCACAAACGUCGCUGCAACCUUCAAAGGCAUUGUGCGAGCAAUCAAAGAUUUCCGGGCUCGUCUAAAGGAAAAUGGCGUGAGCAUUUUUGUGCGACGUGGAGGCCCCAACUACCAAGAGGGCCUUCGUGUCAUGCGCGAAGUUGGUCAGACAACAGGCAUUCCAAUCCAUGUGUUCGGCACGGAGACGCACAUGACGGCCAUAGUGGGAAUGGCGCUGGGGCUGCGGCCCAUCCCGGACACCACGCCAGCGGAGGCUCACACUGCCAACUUUCUCCUGAAUGCUAGC